AUGGCUUUGAUCUUCCCGCGUGAGGGAAAUGCAUUAUAUUUAAUAAUUUGGUUUGUUUCUAUAUUUGCAGGCCUCGUAUCUUGUUCUCCAAACCCUUGCAAAAAUGGCGCAUCUUGUGUUUCCAAUCCUAGAGGUGAACCAUAUUGCAACUGUCCAGCCUUAUACGUCGGCGAGUACUGUCAACACAUGAACCCAUGCCGUACUGGCCCUGGGCCUCGAUGCCAGAAUGGUGGCACGUGUAAAGUUGGACUGUCACCGAAGAAUGCACCUACUUUCUCAUGUGCUUGUCCUGUAGGUUACUCGGCUUCCUUGUGCGAGAUUGCUGUGCCCAACAGCUGCAACAGUAGUCCAUGUCUGAAUAGUGGCACCUGCAACCUUGUUACCUUAGACAACUACACCUGUUCUUGUUCUGGAGGAUUCAGAGGUCGACACUGUGAAGAAAUUGACCACUGUUCUAAUCGACCAUGUCGAAAUGAUGCUACCUGCGAAUCUCGUGAAGAUGGCUAUAAAUGCAUUUGUGCGGAGGGAUUUACUGGAAGUACGUGCACCAAUGAUAUCGAUGAGUGCAGCAAGGAUCCUUGCAUUCAUGGCAGAUGUGUUAACACAGUUGGAUCCUAUCGAUGCACGUGCGAAACUGGAUAUACGGGACAAAAUUGCGAAUCUCAAUACAUUCCUUGUGAACCCAGUCCUUGUGAAAACGGUGGAACUUGCAAAGCUUUAGAUUCUCUAAAUUAUCAGUGUACUUGCCCAGAAGGUUUUACUGGUACAAAUUGUGAAACGAAUAUUGAUGAUUGUCCUGGACAUAUGUGCCAAAAUGGAGCUCUGUGCAUUGAUGGAAUUAACAGCUACACCUGCCAAUGUCCUCCCACCUAUACAGGUUCCUACUGCAGCAAAGACGUGGAUGAAUGCUCAGUCAGACCCAGUGUAUGCCAAAAUGGAGCAACCUGCAUCAAUUCAGUCGGUGGUUAUUCUUGUAUUUGUGUUAAUGGAUGGUCUGGCGACGAUUGCAGUGAAAACAUUGAUGAUUGCGCUGGUGCUGCUUGUUUUAAUGGUGCUACUUGUCAUGAUCGUGUUGGAUCCUUCUAUUGCCAGUGUGCACCUGGAAAAACAGGUCUGUUAUGUCAUCUGGAUGACGCCUGUGCCAGCAAUCCAUGCCAUGCGGGAGCUAUUUGUGAUACUAGCCCAAUUGAUGGAACAUAUAUUUGUUCGUGCCCAAGUGGUUUCAAAGGAGUGGAUUGUACGCAGGACAUCGACGAAUGUGAGGAAGGUUCUCCUUGUGAACAUGGUGGGACGUGCGUCAACACCCCCGGUUCAUUCCAUUGCAAUUGCACCAAAGGUUUCACUGGUCCCCGUUGUGAAAUCAACAUCAACGAGUGUGAUUCCAAUCCAUGUAAAAAUGAGGGAACUUGCUUGGACGAAAGAGGUGGCUUCCGAUGCGUCUGUAUGCCCGGCUAUAAAGGCUCAAACUGUGAAGAGGAUAUUGAUGAAUGUACACCAAAUCCAUGUCUCAAUGGUGGUAUUUGCAGUGAUAGAAUCAAUGGCUUUAAGUGCCUGUGCCCUAUAGGAUUUUCUGGGAAGAAAUGUGAAGUCAAUGAAGAUGACUGUGUUUCCCUUCCUUGUCAAAAUGGAGGAAAUUGUACUGAUGGAAUAGCCAGUUUUACCUGUCAUUGUUAUCCAGGUUUCACUGGAACACAUUGUGAAACUAACAUUAAUGACUGCCAAUCAUCUCCUUGUCACCAUGGACAAUGCAUUGAUGGAACCAAUUCUUUCAAGUGUUUGUGUAAUCCGGGCUACAAGGGACACUUGUGCCAAACCCAGAUUAAUGAAUGUUUGAGCAGCCCUUGCCAACAUGAUGGAUUUUGCCAAGAUCUUGUCAAUGGAUAUCAAUGUCGUUGCAGAGCUGGUACCUCUGGGAAGAACUGUGAAUAUAAUAUCAAUGAGUGUUCAAGUAAUCCAUGCAGAAAUGGUGCUAAGUGCAUUGACGGAAUCAAUUCUUAUACAUGUCAGUGUAUCCCCGGAUUUACUGGCUUAUAUUGUGAAACUAAUAUCAAUGAAUGUGCCAGCAAUCCAUGUGCAAAUGGAGGUAUCUGUACUGAUUUAGUUAAUGGCUUCAAGUGUGAGUGUCCACGUGGCUAUUUUGAUGCACGCUGUUUAUCUGAUGUAAAUGAAUGUGCCAGCAGCCCUUGUGUUAAUGGUGGAACUUGUGAAGAUGAAGUCAACAAGUUUAUUUGCCAUUGCAGAGAAGGUUACGGUGGUCAUCGAUGUGAAGUUGAAAUUGAUGAGUGCCAAUCAAAUCCUUGCCAACAUGGUGGUAGCUGUAAAGAUAGUCUGGCAUCUUAUGAAUGCUCUUGUUUGCCAGGAUAUAGUGGACUGAACUGUGAGACCAAUAUAGAUGAUUGUUCAAGCAAUCCAUGUUUAAAUGGUGGUUCCUGUAUAGAUUUAGUAAAUGCUUACCAAUGUGUCUGCGAGGUUCCAUUUACUGGAAUAAGAUGUGACACAGAACUAAAUCCAUGUUCACCAAAUAAAUGCAAGAACAGUGCCAAGUGCACACCAUCUUCAAACUAUUUGGACUUUGCAUGCUCCUGUGAGUUAGGGUACACUGGUCAUUUAUGUGAUGAAGAUAUUGACGAAUGUGCCAUCUCUUCUCCUUGUCGAAAUGGAGCCACAUGUGCCAAUACUAAUGGGUCAUAUAGCUGCUUAUGUACUAAAGGUUAUGAAGGCAGGGAUUGUUUAAUCAAUACUGAUGAUUGUGCUUCUUUUCCAUGUCAAAAUGGUGGUACCUGUCUUGAUGGAAUUGGAGAAUACAAUUGUCUUUGUGUUGAAGGCUUUGGCGGAAAACAUUGUGAGAUGGAUGUCAAUGAGUGUGCUAGUAACCCAUGCCUUAAUGGAGCCACCUGUAAUGACUAUGUCAACAGCUAUACAUGUACAUGUCCUCUUGGAUUCAGCGGAACUAACUGUCAGACUAAUGAUGAGGAUUGUACAACAAGUUCAUGCAUGAAUGGUGGCACCUGCCUGGAUGGAAUUAACAGCUAUGUGUGCCAGUGCACACCAGGUUACACUGGUUCAAACUGUCAGUUUCACAUUAAUGAAUGCGAUUCCCAGCCUUGCCAAAGUGGAGGAACUUGCAUUGACCAUGUUGGGUACUACACAUGCCAUUGUCCAUUUGGCUACACUGGACUUCAUUGUGAUACAUUUGUUGACUGGUGUAGUACAAAACCUUGCAUGAAUGGUGCUACUUGUAUGCAGCUGAACAACACUUAUGGUUGCACUUGUCUGCCUGGAUGGACUGGAAUGCUUUGUGAUGUUUCAAUGGUUUCUUGCUCUGAUGCAGCUACUCAGAAAGGUAUUGAUGUACAAGAUCUUUGUAAAAAUGGAGGUUCCUGUGAAAAUAUUGGAAACAGUCACAGAUGUACUUGUGCUGCUGGAUAUGAUGGAAGUUAUUGUCAGCAUGAAAUAAAUGAAUGUAAUUCUCAACCAUGUCAAAAUGGAGCUACAUGUUCUGACCUUAUUGGUCAGUAUUCUUGUGAAUGUCCUCCUGGAUUCCAAGGCUUGAACUGUGAGUACAAUAUCAAUGACUGUGAUCCAAAUCCUUGUCGCAAUGGAGGAACUUGUCAUGACUUGGUUAACAAAUUUGUCUGCUCUUGCCCUCAUGGAACUCUUGGAAUCCUUUGCGAAAUCAAUGUGAAUGAAUGUUUUGAAGGAGCAUGUCACCAUGAUGGUACAUGUAUUGACAAAAUUGGAGGCUAUGAAUGUCAGUGCCAACCAGGAUAUGUUGGUCCAAGAUGUGAAGGAGAUGUUAAUGAAUGCCUUUCGGAUCCAUGUAAGCGACCAGGUACUCAAGAUUGUGUGCAGUUAGUGAAUGAUUAUCGUUGUGACUGUAAACCAGGAUAUAUGGGAAGACAUUGCGAAAUGAAAGUCAACUUUUGUGCCAGCAAUUUGUGCAUGAAUGGAGGGGUCUGUAGCAGCAGUUCUAAUGGAUCACCUACUUGCAUAUGUGCUGAGGGUUUUUGGGGUGAUACAUGUUCUAUGACCAACACUACAUGUGGCAGCCAUCCAUGCAGAAAUGGUGGACAGUGCAAGCCAAAACAUAAUGGCUACACUUGCAUAUGCCCUCAAGGAAUAGGAGGCCAGCAUUGUGAGAAAGAUAUUUUGGAUGAAUGCAUGUCUUCUCCUUGCCUCCAUGAUGGAGAAUGCAUUGACCGACUAGGAAAAUUUGAAUGUGAUUGCCCACCGGAGUGGAAUGGCUACCAUUGUGAUUUUUACGAUCCAUCUUUUGGUGGUGGUAUUGUUAAUGUUGUGCCUUCUCAGAAUCCCCCGCAAAAGUCUUUAGAGGAGGAAAAGAAAAUGUGUGUGAUAAAUGCUUGCGACCAGAAAGCUAGGAACAAUGUUUGUGAUGAAGAGUGCAACAGCUAUGCCUGCAAUUUUGAUGGUGGUGAUUGUUCUUUAGGCAUUAAUCCAUGGAAAAAUUGUAAGGCUGGUAUCAAAUGUUGGGAUGUUUUCCGUGAUGGCCAAUGCAAUGUGGAAUGCAAUAACAUUGAUUGCUUAUAUGAUGGAUUUGACUGUGACCAAAUGUUGAUGCCUUGCAAUGAACACUACGACACAUAUUGCUUGAGGAAUUAUGGAAACGGCUAUUGUGAUAAUGGAUGCAACAACUUAGAAUGUAACUGGGAUGGUUUGGAUUGUGAGCCUGACCCUCCAGUAUUAGCAUCAGGGUCGUUGGUUCUGGUUGUCCUAAUGGAACCAGAAGUCUUUCUGAAUAACAGCAUUCUGUUCUUGAGAGAAAUUGGACAUGCAUUAAGAACAAAUGUAAGGCUUAAAAUGGAUGAAAAUAAUCGACCACUGGUUCUACCUUGGCGAGCACCAGAUAUUGAAUCUUCAGUCAUGAGACCUUUCAGAAGCUCUGGUACACAAGUGCAUCUUGAAAUUGACAAUAGACGGUGCUCUAGGAUGAUGAAUGGGGAAUGCUUUGAUACAGCUAAAAAGGCUGCCCAGUUUCUUGCUGCUGCUCAUUCUCGCCAUGCUUUAUCAACUGCAUUUCCGAUUCGAGAGAUUCAGGAGGCGGAAAUUGACGAGAGAGAUGGAUUUGGUGGAGGUACUUAUUCCAAUAUUGUCUACAUGGCUAUUGGAGCUACAAUAGUUAUUCUGGUUGUGUUGGUGUUUGGUGUCUUGCUCAAUUCACAACGUAAAAGAGCCAGAGGAAUUACUUGGUUCCCCGAAGGAUUUCUACGGAACAACAGUGGACAGCAUAGACGAUCAAGAAGAAGGGGACCUGAUGGUCAGGAAAUGAGAAAUCUUCAUAAGCAAUGUUCAAUAAAUCAUUUGGAAGUGAUGGAUGGCUCUAUGCCUCCUGAUAGCAGCCAGUGGAGUGACGACGACAUGGAUCAUCCACCGAUGAAACGAAUGAAGAAUGACCGGUCACCUAAUCCCAGCUACGGAGAUACCCACACUGUCAUGACCACUGAUGAAUAUGAUGAUAAUGAUCCUCGUCCCUGGACUCAACAGCAUUUAGAUGCAGCAGAUAUCAGGAAUCCAGACAUCUUGGCUCUUACCCCACCUCAAGGGGACAAUGACAUGGAUCCCAACAGUGUUGAUGUAGACGUCAGAGGACCAGGUGGAUUGACUCCAUUAAUGUUAGCAUCAUUUAGAAGUGGAGGGUUUGAUAUUGGAGAUGAAGUUGAAGAUGAUGAUGGCUCAGUCAGUAUGAUACAAGAUCUACUAAUGCAAGGAGCUCAAAUUAACAUGACUACAGAACGUACAGGAGAAACAUCAUUACAUCUAGCUGCUCGUUAUGCAAGAGCUGAUGCAGCUAAGAGAUUGCUGGAUGCUGGUGCAGAUGCUAAUGCUCAGGACAAUACGGGACGUACACCACUACAUGCUGCCGUUGCUGCUGAUGCACAAGGAGUGUUUCAGAUUCUACUUCGCAAUCGUGCCACUAAUCUCAAUGCCCGGAUGCAUGAUGGAACAACGCCACUGGUUCUUGCUGCCCGACUUGCUAUUGAAGGAAUGGUUGAAGUUCUUAUAAAUGCUGAUGCUGAUAUUAAUUCUGCUGAUGAUCAUGGUAAAACUGCAUUACAUUGGGCUGCAGCUGUGAAUAAUGUUGAAGCUGUGCAAGUUCUUCUUGCACAUGGUGCUAACAGAGAUGCCCAAGAUGUCAAAGAAGAGACACCACUAUUCUUAGCUGCCCGGGAAGGAAGUUACGCUGCUGCUAAAGUUCUUCUGGAACAUUUUGCCAACCGGGACAUAACUGAUCACAUGGACAGGUUGCCCAGAGAUGUUGCGUUUGAAAGAAUGCAUCAUGACAUAGUGAGAUUACUGGAUGAAUAUGUGCCUCCAAGUCCACAAAUGAAUAUGCAAUCAAACGGUCCGAUGGGCUCUCCUGGCUUGAUGCAACCAGGUAACAUGCUUGGAUCAACCAAAUCUAUUAAACCAAAGAAAAGGCCUAAGUUGAACACUAUUGCUGGUCUACCUAUAAAAGAUGGAGAUUUACUUUGUGCUGAUGUCAGUGUACGAAGAAAAUCUUCAAUUAAGAAAAGGAAAGAGCCGCCACCAAUGCUUAUUCAAGGAAUUGAUGGUUCUGUCACACUUUCCCCGGUGAAUUCUUUGGAAUCGCCUCGCACUACAAGCUAUCUAGAGGGAACUCCGCCUCCUCUGGAUGUUUUAUAUAAUGGACAAAAUAUGGGAAUGUCCCAUCCAAAUUUAUUGAGUGUUGAUGGAAACUGUGGGAUGUCGAAUAAGCAACCACCAUCGUACGAAGAUUGCAUAAAUGCAGUUACCCAAAUAUAUGGUGUAAUGGGCAUGGAUGCUUUAAAUGCUGGGCUCACUGGCCAUAAUUUUAGCAAUGGCAUGAUAAAUAACCAAUCCUCGCAACAUCAAAGUAUGAAAGGGAACCACCCACGACAAAAUUCCAUGCCAAGUAGCAUGUCCCAAAACAUGACUGUGCCUACCUCACAUUCAUAUACAACAUCCACUCUUAAUAAACAGAGGCCAUCUCUUCCAACAUCACCAACUCAUAUGGCUGCAAUGAGAGCAGCUCACCAUCAGAAAACUGCACAUAUGCAAUCGCAACAAACUGCCAAUAGUGCUUAUGAUUAUCCCCCAAUGACUGACUUGCAUCACUUGCUCAAUACCUCAAAGAACUCUAAUUCUUCAAACAAUAUGCAAGUUUCUUAUUCUCAGGCUUACCAUUUUCCUACGCCACCAUCACAGCACAGUCAACCUGAAGCUACACCCCAGCAUUAUCUUUUAGGACCUGAGACUUAUCUCACGCCUUCACCAGAAUCACCUGGACAGUGGUCGAGUUCCUCUCCCCACUCUGCUCAAUCGGACUGGUCGGAAGGUAUUUCGAGUCCAAUGGGACCUACGAACUUGCAUCCGCAAAUGUCAGUCAGUGAACAACAAAAGUCACAAGUACAACAAUCUCACUUAACUCCAGAGGCAGUUUUCAUUUGAUAGGGACUUAAAAACUAUCAAAAACAUAAGUCAUCUUUGUAUAAUUCAUCAUUGAAAAGUGUGAGUGAGAUAUUUUUAAUUAUUGUAAAUACAUUCAUUUGAUAAUUUCUUGAUAAAUUUGUACAAUAUUGAAUAUUAUGUCAAGAAAUGUUGUAAAAUCUUUUGCUUAUAUCUAUCUUCUGUCUCAUCCAUAAAAGUCAUUGUAUUAUAUUCAUAUUUUAGAUGGAUGCUAAAUUAAAUAUUAAUCAUAGAUUUUAAGUCUAUGUAUUUAUUUCUAUGUAUGUUCUAUUGUCAAUCAUGUGUUUUCAAAUCAAUGUACAAGUACAGAAUCCAUAUCAUUAAAUUGUAUAGAAAAGAACAUUUAAUAUACAAGCUACAAAUUAAUCUUUGUAAACAAUACAUUCAUUAUGAUGAAUAUUUUAAAAAAUAAGAAUAAAUAUUUGAGAUUUAGUUUUUAAUCAUAUUUAACCUGAGGCAAUUGAUUUUAAUAAAUGUAAAUAGUAUUUUAGAUUGUAUAUUUGCUAACUGCAGUAAAACUGCAUAAAUAUAGCAUUUGUAUAUGUUGUAUAUUUUGAUACUAUUAAAAACUUGUGCUUUUAGGAUUUUAAAA